AUGAGUAGCAGUGCCUUAUCGUCUCCUGAUAGAGAUAAUGGCGAGAGUACCCCAGGCGAUUUUUUUGCUGAUUUGAGGGAGAAGAUGGUUCACGUCAAGGGUGCCGAUGAACAUAUCGUCGAAGAAACACUACUUAGAGGAAAGAAGGAAGAAGAAGCGGAUGCCAAGCGAGAACGAGAAUAUCACGAAGAGAAGGAGAAGGCAGUGAUAUCUGUUGGUUUAAUUUAUAGUCAUUUUGCUAGUGUGAUUAUGUUCCAAUCCAUCUGUAGCGUUGUGCCAGAACAGAUAGGUGAUGUUGAGCCUCCGAAACCAGCCGCAAAAUCUAAGGCGGAGUUUGACAUGUUUGCAGAUGACGCCGAUUUGCCGCAGGAUGGCAUUGUGGCUGAUGAAGCUGUCGUACAAUCGCAAGGACAACAGGUGAAUGACACGCUCAGAGAUAAUUGGGACGAUGCCGAGGGAUACUAUCGCGUUCGAAUUGGAGAAGUUCUUGAUGGCCGGUAUAGAGUUUUUGGUUAUACUGGUGCGGGAGUAUUUGGAAACGUGGUUAGGUGUACUGAUCAGAAAAGAAAUGAUGUUGUUGCGAUUAAAAUCAUAAGAAACAAUGAGAUAAUGUGA